AUGUCGUCGGCUCCCACGUCAAAGACCUUUGGCAAGUCGACUCGGUCGAUACCCAAUCCGUCCGACAAGGCUCAGAAAUGGUACCCUGCUGAGGAAGAGGCCAAGCCGCGCCAGGUCCGCAAGGCCCUCCGUCCGUGGGCUCCCCGCAGCUCUCUUCAGCCCGGCACCGUUCUGAUACUGCUCGCUGGUCGAUUCCGUGGCAAGCGCGUUGUCCUCCUCAAGACCCUCGACCAGGGUGUUCUGCUCGUUACCGGCCCCUUCAAGAUCAACGGUGUUCCGCUCCGCCGUGUCAACUCGAGAUACGUGAUUGCCACAUCACUCAAGGUCGACCUGUCCGGCAUCGACGAGGCCAAGAUCGAGGAGGUCUCGCGACCGAAGUACUUUACGGCAGAGAAGGCCAAGGAGAAGGCUGGCGAGGAGGCAUUCUUCAAGCAGGGAGAGAAGCCACAGAAGAAGGAGGUGUCCAGCAGCCGGGCGGCUGACCAGAAGGCCAUCGACAAGGCCCUUAUCGCCAACAUCAAGAAGGUCGACAUGCUCGCGAGCUACCUUGCAUCUUCUUUCAGCCUUCGCAAGGGCGACAAGCCCCACCUGAUGAAGUUUUAA